AUGACCAUGUCACUACCUACAGAUAAGAUUAAUAAAUUACAAGAAAACAUCAAUACAGUGUUGCAGGCCAAAAAGGUCACACUUAAACAAAUGCAGUCACUAUUGGGACUUCUAAACUUUGCUUGCAGAGUGGUAGCGCCAGGUCGAGCAUUCUGCAGACGCCUCAUUAAUUCUACCCUUGGCAUCAAAAAACAACACCACAAAAUCAGAAUAACACAAAACAUCAAACUUGACCUAAUCGUAUGGACAACUUUUUUGAAAGACUUCAAUGGAGUAUCAGUUAUUAACACCCCUUUGGUUGACAGUCACACCGUUCAAUUGUUCACAGACAGUGCUGGGGGAGAGCGGGGUGGAUUUGGGAUAUAUUUUGGUGGCAAGUGGGCUGGGGGUCAAUGGCCACAACACUGGGGUUCAGUGGGCAUUCUUAGAGACAUGACAUUUUUGGAACUGUUCCCUGUACUGGUGGCUCUUACACUUUAUAACAAAGACCUACAAAACACUAGACUUCUUUUUCACAUUGACAACAUGUCAGUGGUACACAUUAUUAACAACUCUACCAGCAAAUCAGAUAGAGUUAUGAACAUUGUACGCAAACUGGUACUCAUUACACUGCAAUACAACAUACAAAUUAAAGCUUCAAAGAUCCCUACUAAAGCAAACUCAAUCGCUGAUGCAAUAUCUCGUUCACAGUGGGCCCGGUUCCGACACCUCGCACCAGAAGCAGAUUUCUUCCCCACACCGGUUCCAAACAAUGUAUGGGAUAUCUAG